UGUAAAACAAGAGCGAUGCAAUUAUAUUGGGUAUCACUCUCUACCCCGCGUGGGCGUGUAAAUGUCAGUCCAACAGCCAGAAUCCUAAUUCGAGCUUGUAUUGUGCAAUUGAGGGAGGAUUUGUCCGUCCUUCUUUUAGUAUAAAACCACAGUGACACCUCCUUCCGCGGACGGGAAUCAGUUUCUACCAGACAUUCAUUUUGCGCUGAGCACUUUUUGCUCGCGCGCCGGAAGCUCGAGACGUUGGACUUUACUCCGGGUGCCGUUUCCUUCUAGAAAUGGUGAGAGCCGCCGCGGUCUGACGGCUGCUGCUGUUCUGUUCGCGGCUGGUGGUUUGUGCCGAUCUUUUGCGGAUCUUGACAUUUCGAUCGAAACCAGCCGAUUUGAGAAAUAAUGCUCAAAGAGAGUGUCACACGACUCUAGCAGCGUUUCUCGGGGAGGAAAACACGCAUCACCAGACGCUGUCCAUCCGCAGACAUGAAGACAUUUCUGGCCAUGCUUAUGGUUCUGAUUGUCUCAGACUGUACUUCACAUCCCAUUUUUGGGACCAUGGAAACACAAAAAGUUUGGCUCAGGUAGCGGAUGAGAAGGACAUGAUCCACACCAUACACAAUAAUGGGCGGCCAUUGUUCUUAGAAGGAUACAACUGCAACUGGUGUGAUGAUAAGGUGGUCAUCAAUGGCAGCAUAGAAGACAGGGUCAUACUGCCGUGCCCGUGCCCAAACAGAAAUUUGGCCGAGGUGCUCGCGUGGCAAAUGGAGGAGCCAAACAAAGAGAAAGUGUUAGUGCACCACGGGAACCAUUCAAACUACAGUGACAAAUACAAGAACAGAGCCCAACUCUUCCAGAAUGGGGACAAGUACAACUGCUCUCUUCUCCUGACCAACAUCACAGCUGAUGACCAAGGGAAAUACAGAUGCAGUUUUACACAUGAAAACAUGUACAAUGCUUUAUUUGUACAUCUAAAUGUCUCUGCAAACUUCAACCUUUGUCAGAAAACCACAAACCAAGUUAAUGACAGUUUAAAUAGGACGGAAUGUGAAGUGGAGGGACGCUACAGAGACACAGAGAUUCUGUGGUAUCUGGAUCAACAGCUUCUUACAAAUUCAACUACAACUAAAAUAAUCCACAACUAUACUUCAAAGGCUGCUGGAAGCCACACCUUCACAAGCGAAAUCAUUACUGAGCUGACUGGGAAACCAAUUUGCAAGGUCAAGGCCAAAGGCGUACCAGCAGUCAUUUCUGAGCUCUGCCCACCUGAACCUUGGGUACGCCAACCAGACAAUGAAAUGUCAUGUUACAGGGCAUACUUCAAACUCAUCCCCAUUGCGUUGGUGAUUGGCGUUUCCUUGGUUCUGCUGUAUCGAUGGAAACAUUCCCAAGGUUUGCGGAGACACAGACAAGUGAAGACUAAUCCCUUCUUGCCCUGAACACACGCUGGACUUCACUCCAUGCCCCCCUAAGUGAAAACACUUUGCAGGAGAUGGUUUAUGAAUUUGACAUCAAGCCCACAAAGAAAUUGUUUACAAACAAGUCCCAUCUUGUUUUCAUGCCACACAUGGAAUGCUAUGUUUCUGAAAAGGACACGAAUCAAAGCUGUUCAGAUUUUUUUAAUGUUUUCUUUCAGUUUGUCAGUUGUAAGCGAAGACUGUGUAUGAUAUGAUGUGUCACAAUAUAGCCAGUUAUUCAUCUUUAAUUACAGAUAAGGCACAAAAUACACAUAUCAGAUAUAGUGUUUUUCUAAUCAUCUAUCAUUGUAUAAUUGCAGAACUGAGCCAUUUAUCAGUUUAAUAUAUAUUGUUACAAGUACUAUAACCUACAUGCAGAGACAUUCACUGUUUUACAAGCUGUAACAAACGUUUUGUUAUUUUCACCGUAUAAAAGAUAUUAGUUUUUAUAGAUCGCUUUGACGCAGCCGUCCAAUAAAAUGCUUUUCUAAACAGUUCCCACACAGGUCUAAACAGCUGCUCCAAUGACACAUUUUAUUUGCUAAAGGCUCUAACCGUGUCAAAACAUUUGACAUAUGGAACAAAAGCUCAUUUUGCCUUCAAACAAUACAACUUGCAACCAAGUACAUAAACACGUCCAAUCAGUCAUAACAGUGGACAGCAAAAUACAAACCACUGAUCUCAGUGUGAAUCACUGCUUCAUUGAUCGUCAUUGGAGCCUGUUGCUAUUUGUUGCCUUUGAAGUUUGUGUUAAAUUUAACUUUUUUGCAAAUAAUUGGAUCCAGAUAAAGAAAUGCUUUGAUUCACUGAAUCCAUAACAUUCAUUUUUCAAACUGUGGCAAAAAACUGAAAUAUUGUAAAUAUUACAGAAAGUACAUAUAAACUAAACUACAGUCAAAUCUAACAUCAGUGAUAACUGUUUUGCAAAAGGGAGGAGAUCAAGUGUCAAUCUAAUGAGAACGGGUUUAAACAUAAGCUACAUGUGUCUGAUGCUCUGCUGGAAUAAUGAUAAUGAACACUUAGUGGAAACUAGUUUCUUAAAACAGGUCAAAGCGAUCAAUAAAAACUGUAAUGUACCAUAAUGUCAGAACUAUAUAUUGUACAUGGCUCACUAAAAAACAUUUGAUUAAUAUUUAUUACUUAGCUGGCACAACAACAUCUGCAAAUGAUCCCUACCUUUAUAAGCAAACAGAGACUUUUAUAAUACCUUUUUAUAUUUGUAAUGUAAAAACAUGCUUGUGAACUGGGAAAACUUUUACUGGUCUAGAUGCACAGUUCUCCGCUAGACCUGUAUUCUGGUUGUGACCAGCAGCUUUGCUCCUGCCUUUAAAAGUGUGUGCCAAGUCAGGGCGUGGCAAUGAAAUACAAUAAUGUGAAUGUCAAAACUUUCUAAGGUGAGCAAUGGAAAAAGAAAUGGAAAAGAUUUUCAAUAACUCACAUUGUGUUGCUUAUUGUU